GGCGGCCGCUGUGAGAGCGGCGGGCUCGGGGCGGCGCUGAGCCGCCGGCGUUUCCCUGCGCUGCCGCCCAAGGCCGGCGAAGCCAUGGGCGCCGCGACGCCGCCGCCGCCGUCCGGCCCCAGCCUUCCCUGGCAGCUCGACUGCACUGGGAUUGCUUUUCUCAAAUUUCCAUGAUGCUAAGCCAAGAUUGACUUCACCAGCCACCGAGUCCUCACCAUGUACAACCCAGUGUAAUGUCAGUGCUUUCUUCCCAACAAAUUUGUCAUGUACCUAAGGCAUCAGCAAAGCAGAGAGAGAAGUUAAACUUCUAGAGAAAAGUAAUGGACAAUCUCCACAACAGAUGGUAACAAAAAAUAAUCCAGAUGGGGUGCAGAUGCUGUAAAAUGAUACAAAGCUAUCUCUUUGAUCCAGUUCAAGUGCCCUCCCCUGGCUACGUCAACGAAGUCAAUAGCUGCAAGUUAGAUGAAGAAGACACUGUUAAAUUAAAACGCAAACAGAGCAGUGAGGUCCUGGUGCAUAAAAAUGACCUUUGGGGUGAUGGCUUGAAGAGGGCUGCGAGCAGAAGCAGAGCGGGAGGUCCGCAGCAACCCUGCCAGCCUCACCAAGGGCCGCUCCCUCAGGGGGGUACCGGAGGGGACCACUGUGUGGAGAAGACAAGUGGUGCUGUCAAUGGCCUUGGCCCCGCGGCCGCCCUGCCUCCCGCCGGGGAUCCUGGGCCCCACCAGGAUGACAGAGGCUUCUGGGCCAGUACCACGAACAGCGUUCACCCGACUCAACCCUUCCUUGAAGGAGGGGAUGCCAGGGAACAGGGCUGUGUGCCGCCGGCCUCGGAGGAGACCCAGAUCCUCCGAAAUGGGGACUCCAGGGCUCCCACCAAGGCAGAACGUCCCGCUUUGGAAGUACAAGACCCUGUCCUCCAGAUACCGGCCCCGGAUUAUCCUCAGCUGUGGGACUCAGCUGGAGACAGUGUUGACCAUGAAGAAAAGGACUGUCUCUUUCAGAGCCAUGGUGAGGAGCCGCCCCUGAAGGGAAUUCACCCCAGGGCUGGGGAGCAUGGUUUGAAUAUGUCCCUGUCCAUGAAGAGAAGCUGGGAUUCAUUAAAUGAGGCUGGCACAGCAGAAGUUCUGGGUGUCUAUUUUAAAGAAGAGUCCCCUGCUCAGGCCGUGGCUGUGCUCGAUUUGAGAAACAGGUGGGAGGAUGUCCACGGCUCCACCACAGACAGAGGUGGGGAGAUGGCAGAAGAGGACGCAGCGGUGGCCGAAGCCCUUGCGGCUUUAGAAGCAGCUACUGCUGGAGAAGAUGUGGAUGAGACAGAUUAGGGGAGGGAUUUAGCACAGACAAAUAAACUAGCAUCGCACUGCACAUGCGGGCAUGAGUCCCUACCUGAGAUACAGAUGCUCUGUGCAUGCGCUAGUGCUGCCUCCCGGCUGUGGGUGGACACGCAGCAUCUGUCCUGCUGGCAGUGAGUGCCUGUGCCACACCACUGCGUCCACACUGAGAGCAUCACUCGGUAACUGGGCUGUCACUGCAGACACCACAAUUAAAAUCAGGGAGGGCUGAUAUGCCUGUGCCCACAGCACAUGCAGAAAUUAAACAGCCUGUUCACCAGCCUACAGAGCUCCCCCUGAACACCUGGUUCUGGAUAAUUUUGAGAGUGCUCUGAAAUCCCAGGGCUUGAUCCCCACGGCACAGAUCACAGAGCAUUGUUUGACCAUAAAUUAUCCAUCUUGCUUUUGAGAGCCAUAUUGCACCCAACCUGGAAAAGGUAACUUACACAUAUAAAAGUGCCUAGUGUGUUUCCAGAGCAUGCCUUACCUUCAGUGACAGUCCCCCGGAGAACUACUAACUAACCACUUGUUGGACAGUGAGGUAAGCUCAGCAGAAGGGUGGAGCAGAGGCCACCAGUAAACAAAUGGUUAGUCAUUAGCUGUGAUACUAAGUCACCUUGACCUUAACUUUUUUACAUUAUUACUUUUUAAUCUCCUUUGGGAUUGGGGAGGCCAGUCAAAAUAAUUCUUAAAACCACUUAUAUCGUAUUUGGGCUUUAAAUUCAUGAUAUUUGGAGGAGCAGAGAUAGGUAGAGUGUUCUAUGCCAUUUAAUGUCUGAUUCUGAUUAAAAAAUAACAUGUGCGUC